AUGAUACAUUUGAAGCAGUUUUUGCAAAUUUGCACGGAUUCUUGUGCAUUUAAAGCGGCGGCAGAUACUGAUUAUCUGCAAUAUCGUACUAGCAGUGUAGGAGCAAUAAAUGUAGCAACAGAUACAUUUGAAGCUACUGCAAGACAUUUAUUGCUGCCGAAUGGCUAUUACUGUAUUAAUUGUCACGCCAGAUGUGCAUCAGCUAUACAUCAGCUAUUCAUCUGUCAUGAUACAACGAUGCUUGGCUGUUCUUACCGUGAUGUGAUUGCGCAAGCGCAAUCAGGAACGGGAAAAACAGCAACAUUUUCGAUUUCUGUACUUCAAAAAAUUGAUAUUGGGCUUCGGCAGUGCCAGGCACUAAUUCUUGCACCAACACGGGAACUUGCACAACAGAUCCAGAAGGUUGUUAUCGCUAUUGGGGACUUUAUGCAUGUUGAGUGUCAUGCGUGUAUUGGUGGCACGAAUAUACGUGACGAUAUGCAAAUCCUGCAAAGUGGUGUACAUGUAGUUGUUGGAACACCGGGGAGGGUCCACGAUAUGAUUCAACGCAGAGCCUUGAGGACCGAUGCAAUCAAGAUUUUUGUAAUGGAUGAAGCAGACGAAAUGCUUUCGAGGGGUUUCAAGGAUCAAAUGUAUGAUAUUUUCCAACUAUUGCCACCAUCAACACAAGUUGUGCUUUUAUCUGCAACAAUGCCUCAAGACGUACUAGAGGUCACGACUAAAUUCAUGCGGGACCCUAUCCGGAUUCUUGUUAAAAAAGACGAGCUCACUUUAGAAGGUAUUAAACAAUUCUAUAUAGCGGUUGAACGAGAGGAUUGGAAACUCGAUACAUUGUGUGAUUUAUACGAGACAGUUACUAUUACACAAGCGGUUAUUUUUUGCAAUACUCGAAGAAAGGUAGAUUGGUUAACAGAAAAGUUAACUUCGCGUGAUUUCACCGUUUCUGCAAUGCAUGGAGACAUGCAACAGUCUGAACGUGAAAUCCUUAUGAAGGAAUUUCGAAGCGGCUCAUCUCGUAUUUUGAUUGCUACGGAUCUUCUUGCUAGGGGAAUUGAUGUUCAACAAAUUUCGUUGGUCAUAAAUUACGAUCUACCAUCCAAUCGUGAAAACUAUAUUCAUAGGAUCGGACGUGGUGGCCGUUUUGGCCGCAAGGGUGUAGCAAUUAAUUUUGUUACAUCGGAUGACGUAAGAAUGAUGCGAGAUAUUGAACAAUUUUAUAGUACACAGAUUGAGGAAAUGCCUAUGAACGUUGCAGACUUAAUAUAA